AUGGAGGACUCCCAUCCGCAGCCGGCACCGGUGCUGACUGCUGAGUGUGUUCUGAGAGCUGAACCCAACGAGAUGCUGUCCAGGAACACCCCCAAGUUCAAGGUGGAGCGCAAGGAGGAGGGCCACGGCGACACCCUGGUAGAUAUCUACUGCACCGUCAAGCCGGGGUUGCUGCUGUCGACGGUGAGCACAUUCAAUUUGCCUGCUUUCUUGGCCCUCUCUUUACGGAUGCAUAAUUCUUUCUUCUGGUCUAGCUCCUCACCACGUCGCCCGGCUGGCGGUCAUACUUUGUUCGUGCCGGCUGGUUGUUGCUCUGUGAUUGGUUUGUCAUCUGCUGAUUCCUCUUCUUGUAUGAGCAAUUUCCUUAAUUUCAAUUCUGAUUGGUCUAGCUUUUGUCUGUGUGUGCUUGCCGUCACUUUCUGCUGUUCGGCCGCUGUUGCCAUUCGUGUCGUCGUGAUGUGUUUCUCGAUCGAGCUGUCGCUUUCUCAUGCGGUGCUGCCGGUCUUUGUCAGCGACCAGUGCUGCUUUACGUCCAUCGGUUACUCUGUCUAUGUUGUUCUAGCGGUGCCGCUGUCGAUGUUCCUUCGCGAUGUUGCCAUUUCCGCUGAUCGGUGCGAUCUUUCUGGUGUUUCCCGGAGAUUUUUCCAUUCCUUUCUGUGCUUUCCUCUCUCUUUUCGGAGGCUAUAA